AUGUUUGCACGAGGAUCAGUGCCAUGCGUGUUUAUGGGAUAUAAAACAUGCAGGAGAGCUUCUCAGAUCAGACCCAGACUGGUGUUGGGCAUCGAGACGAGCUGUGAUGAGACAGGAGCUGCUGUCCUGGAUGAGACUGGGACAAUCCUCGGAGAAUCUUUACACUCACAGAAAGAAGUGCACUUGAAAGCAGGAGGGAUCAUCCCGCCCGUCGCCCAGCGCCUCCAUGAAGAGAACAUUAACAGAGUGGUGCAGGAGGCGUUGGACAGGAGCAGCGUUACACCGCGUGAACUCAGCGCCGUGGCCACGACGGUCAAGCCGGGUCUUGCGUUGAGCCUCGGUGUCGGCUUACGCUUCAGCCUGAGCUUCGUAAGACGACACGAAAAGCCUUUCAUCCCCAUCCAUCACAUGGAGGCCCACGCUCUGACCGUGAGGAUGCUCCGGCACGUGGACUUCCCGUUUCUGGUGCUGCUCGUGUCAGGAGGUCACUCUCUCCUGGCGCUGGCGAGAGGCAUCGACGAUUUCUUACUGUUAGGGCAGACGCUAGACGAGGCUCCAGGAGACACUCUGGAUAAGGUGGCGAGACGUCUGUCUCUCGUUAAUCACCCGAAGUGUCGCGGUCUCGGCGGCGGACAAGCGAUCGAGCUUUUAGCGAAAGAAGGAGACCGCCUGCGGUUCCAGUUUAAAUCGCCCAUGGGGCAGCACUACGACUGCAACUUCUCCUUCGCUGGCAUUCGCAACCAAGUGACCAUGGCUAUCAACAAAAAAGAAAAGCAGGAGGGAAUUGAGCCGGGGCAGUUAUUAUCCUGUGUGCAGGACAUCGCUGCAGCGGCGCAGCACACCGUCGCCUCGCACAUCACCAAACGCACACACAGGGCCGUUUUAUUCUGCAAAGCCCGUGACCUUUUACCACAAAACAACCCGACUCUGGUUGUAUCAGGAGGAGUAGCAAGCAACGAUUACAUACGAGAGACACUGAGGAUCGUCACUGACGCCACGGGGUUGCAGUUACUCUGUCCUCCGGCUAAAUUCUGCACAGAUAACGGCGUGAUGAUCGCAUGGAACGGUGUGGAGAGACUGAAGGAGGGAAAAGGGGUUCUGUCACACACUCAGGACGUCACCUACGAGCCAAAAGCUCCGCUGGGCAGAGAUAUAUCUACGGAGGUUAGAGAUGCUACGAUCAAGCUUCCUGUGUUAAAACUGAAGAUGAAAAGCUAGAAUUGCAUUUAAUAGUAUGAUUGUCGUUUAGAUCAAAUAAAAUGUGUAUAUAUAUG